AGUGACGUCACGUCCGUUUGGGACGAAAACGUAACGUAAUUCGCUAACACGUUUUCUCCUAUAAUACACCAUUCCUUUAGGCUUGGCGCCUUCGUCAAAUGCAGUGAGCGUCGGUGUACGUAAAAUGGCGGACGGUGACAUUGAUUUGUACGCCGACGAUCUCGAGCAAGAUUUCGCGCAGGAUGAAUUUGCUGGUGAUGGCGUUGAUUUAUACGAUGAUGUGAUAGCAGCUCCUGCUGGUGGUAAUGGUGGUGUUUCUACAGGAAACAGUGGAGAUGGUGGAGGUGAUACUACUUCACCUAAUGAAGAAACAAAUGGUAGUGCACCCUAUCAUCAACUUGGAAAUAACAUUCAACCAAAUCAAAUUGGGAGGCGUCAUCAAUUAUAUGUUGGUAAUUUGACUUGGUGGACAAGCGAUCAAGAUAUAACUGAUGCAGUACAAAGCAUUGGUGUAUCUGAUUUUGUGGAAGUAAAAUUCUUUGAAAAUCGUGCAAAUGGACAAUCUAAGGGUUUUUGUGUAAUAUCUCUGGGUUCAGAACAAAGUAUGAGGAUAUGUAUGGAAAGAUUACCUAAAAAAGAAUUACAUGGACAGAAUCCAGUAGUAACUUUUCCUACUAAACAAGCUUUGAAUCAAUUUGAGUCUCAGUGUAAAACACGUCCAGCUCCGGCUCCUCAGCAGAGUCAGAGUCAGCGCCCACAUAAUCCACAUCAACAUCAGCCACCAAUGCCGCCUCAUCAACAGCAUCCACAACAUCCCCAACACCCUCAACAUUCGCAACAAAAUCAUGGUCCUAGGAUGAUGAUGGGUCCUCCACAGGGUGUGAGACCACAGAGAAUGCCACCUCCAGGUAUGGGUCCACCAGGGCCUGGUGGACCCGGCCAACAAGGUCCGCCGCGCAUGCACGGUCCACCAAUGGGGCCCGGUCCAGGACCGCAUCAUCCUUUACCUGGGCAUCCUAAUCAAGGUCCACCACCUCCGGGAUAUCAACAAGGACCGUGGAAUGGCCCAAGACCUAAUGGUCCACCUGGACCACCAAGAGGUCCAAGUGGACCUGGUGGUCCACCCCAACAGGGACCGCCUGGACCAGGCCCCGGUCAACAUCGGCCCCCGGGAAUGCAAUUUCACGGUGGUCCACCUGGUCCCCCUGGUCAAGGACCUCCACGCGGUCCACCGGGACAUCCUGGUGGUCCUCCUGGCGAUCCAAGGGGUGCUCAACCACGUCCUGAAUGGAAUAGACCACCAGGGAUGCAUCACGGGCCUCAGGGACCACCAGGUUUCCCUCAACAUCAACAUAUGCAAGGCCCGCAACCUGGUCAAGGCCCACCACAGAGAGGACCUCCUCCAGGUUCUAUGGGUGGAAUGUUACCAGGUCCAGGAGGACCCCCACCUGGACAUGGAGGACCACCACAAGGACCACCGCAAGGACCUCCUGGAGGACCAGCACCGCAUGUAAAUCCAGCAUUUUUCCCACAAGGACCACCUCAUCAGCAUCCAGGACAACAUCCACCAGGUCCUCCUGGCCCGCCUCAUGGGCCACCGCAUGGACCGCCUCAUGGUCCACCUCAUGGCCCUCCGCAUGGACCUCCACACGGUCAACCUCAUGGACCACCCCAUGUACCACCUCAUGGUUAUGGACCACCUGCAGCACAGCCACCUUAUGGCGCGCCGGGACCUGACCAUCGCCCAGAAGGACCUCCUCCGUUAACGGAGCAAGAAUUUGAAGAAAUAAUGGGUAGAAAUAGAACAGUUUCUUCCUCUGCAAUUGCUCGAGCAGUCUCAGAUGCCGCAGCUGGGGAAUAUGCAAGUGCUAUAGAAACCUUGGUUACAGCCAUUUCUCUAAUAAAACAAUCUAAAGUUGCUGCAGAUGAUAGAUGCAAAAUAUUAAUCAGUUCUCUUCAAGAUACUUUACGCGGCGUUGAAACCAAAAGUUACGGAUCCGCACGUAGAGAACGAUCACGUUCACGCGAUCGAGAACGCAGUCACAGAAGAAGGCGUGAGCGAUCAAGGAGUCGUGACAGAGAAUACAGGGAGAGAAGCAGGGACCGAGACAGAGAACGUGACAGAGAACGCGAUCGUGAAAGAGAGAGGGAUCGUGAUCGUGAUAGAGAACGUUAUUAUAGUGAACCAUAUCCUCGAGAGAGAUCACGAAGCAGAGAGAGGGAUCGUGAACGCGAAAGAGAUCGCGAAUAUAGAGAGCGAAGCAGAGAAGAAAGAGAGAAUGAAAAGGGAAGAGGACCGCAAAGGGCUGAGCGUCUGGUACCUAUUAGUAGCAAGUACCAGGAAACGGACGAAGAAUUCUCACAGAGUACAGUACAAGACUAAUUAAUCCUCCAACGAAGGAAUUUUUUAUGUUGUAACAUACAAGGGAACGGUUUGCAUGAUAUAUCACACAUACGUUCUCCUGAACGAUUAUGUUUUGAUGUGCCAUUUCUUUCAUUUUUGUUUUUAAAGUAACAAGUAGUUUACUAUGAGACAUAGUAGUAAAAUAUUGCCGAAUUAAGUAUGACUAAUUCAUGGUUUAAUCAUUUGAAUUAUUAUAUUUUUUAAUCCUUUGCGAUUCGUUUUAACUUGUACCUUUAUUAUUUUGUUAAAUGAUUGUAAAUAGUAUCCUGCGAUUUUUCAAACAAUUCUAUCAUUGUAUUGUGGAAUUUUUAGUGUUUACACACAAUCAUUUUCAACGUGUUAACAGAUUGAUGGAAGUUAAGCAUGUUCUUAAUUAUUUUUAAUCUUAUGUCAGGUCAUUAGUAGGAAUUACUUUUCUUAAAAAGAAGUGUUUGAACUCAGGAUUGCAAAGGAUUAACAACGUUUCAAAAAGAAGCAAAUCAAGUACAAUGAGAUUCAUUUUUAUGAACAACAAUUUGACUAUAAGUGUAGUUUUUAAAAGAUCUAAUGUAAUCGUAGCUGUUAAAAAUCUUCGAAAUGCACAUACACGUCAUUUUUUAUGUACAAACUAUUCGAUACAAAAUUUUUUCACUGCGAUUAACUAAAAUAUCGAAAUUUAUAUGGUGGCUAUUUCUUAUUAUUGUUUAACAGAUGGCAUUUUUCUUUAAAAAGAAGCCACGAUUCUUCAUUUGGCCAGAAUUUAAAGAAUUUUGUAUAGAUUUCAAAAUAGUGCAUCGUUGCACUGUCUUAGAUUCGUUUAAUAAUUCCUACCUUUUUUGGCGUGCUAAAUAUUAGGAUUAUCCAUCUAAAGCUCAAAUCUGCGAUUUAAAAUUUGCUCAAUUCUUAAAUUAAAAAAGUACUUGUCCUUUAUUGAGUUUUAGGGAGAAUUGUCGUGCGCUCUCCUUGUAAACGAUUUAAAACGAGAGCCCAAAAGAAAUUUUGCUUUCUUUUUUAUGGAGAUACAACAUUUGAGCAAAUAUCUGAUAUGAUUUGAUAAUAUAAAAAUACCAAAAAAUUUGUGCCACAUCAACUCAAAACUUUUAGGAGAAUUCAGUUUUGUUUCUUUCUUUACGCAAUAUAAAAGAGAAAUAUUUUAUUAUAUAUCAUUGAUUAAAUCUUGAAUGUAUUUCUCUUUUUAAUCAUGAUUGCGUUUUGAAUGAUUAAUUCUAAACUGUAUUUUUUUUUUUUUAAUUGAUAGUACAAAGAGCUGUAACAUGUUUUUAUCAGCAGCUUUAUUUUUUAAUGUUUUAUAUUAUUUAACCGAUGCUCUUUUUAUAUAGAAAUUAUAUUUUGUUCUUUAUCAUUUUUAUAAUUAUAUGCAUACCUAAUUCUUCGCACACGAAGCGCUUUGUACUAAAUAGUAUUACAUAUAACGUAUAGUUUCGCCAAUUACCAAAUAUAUAUAAAAAAAAUUGAAUAAUUAACAAUCACUUGAAACCAUGACGAAAAUCAAAGAACAUUAGACACUUUUGUAAGUAUAAUUAUAGCGCAUUUAGAAAUUAUGCAGUGAAAUGCAUAAGAAUUCUAUCUUAUCUUUGUUUCAUUCUAUUUAGAAUUCUAUGCUAUUCAAGGCACAGUAUUAAAAAGCAAAAAAGAAAAUUGCCGUACGCUCAAAUACUAGGUGCCCUAAAAGUGUAUAUCCAUUAAUUUCAAGUUACGAAUUUAUAACAUUCCAAACACCAAUUCGCAAUCUUUUAAACGUAUCUGUAAACGUAUCUCAAAGAGAUGAAAUUUAAUGUUUAAUAUGUAUUAUACAUAAAAUGAAUUACGAUUUUUUGAUGCACUGAAAAGUGCUUAGAAAGAAGUUACUAGUACAUGCUCGUAUAAUUAUUAUUAUACAUAUCUUUUGCAUUAUAUAAAAUUUGUCAAUCAAAUAUAAUUAAGUAAAGUGUGUAAUAGUCAUACAAGUAACAUAUAUAUUGAAGUAUCAUAUAUGAUAACUACGAAUCAUGUUCUGUGAUCUCGAUAAGCACCUAAAGAGAAACAUUUAAUUGUACAUAAAACAUAUGCUAAUAGUACAGCAAACAUUCCAUGAAAUUAAAAUAAUUGUUCUUUUUGUGAUCUCUUA